UUUUUUAGCCUUUUGAUUUACAGGAAAAGUUUCAUUUUAAAGUUCCUGUAGCUACAGUCAAAAUUUUUUAUUCUUUUUUUUGUCUUCCACAUUUGUUCUAAGAUUGGACAUGUACGUCCGUAGAUUGGGCAGUCCAGUCUUAAGACUGGCCGCCCAUUUAUCACUGUCAGAAGAUUGGCCUGGCCAGUCUUAAGACGGGGCCGGUUUCAAGAUUGGGCAGAACAUCAUUACACGUGUCUCGCUCCACUUUAAGUAUCAAAAUUUACUUCUGUUUGAGGCCAUACAAUCAUCGUCAAGUCAGCUCUUUAUAUCACCACCCUCUUAAAAAAAUUUAGAAAUUUAUGUAGAAAACUUUUUUUCAGAAUAAAAACGUACCCUGUAUAAAUAUUUUAAGUUGAAUAAUUCAGAGCUCUCAGUUUAAGUAUGUCUUGUCUUAAGUGUUUUCUCAAAGUGUAUUGCUUCUUGUGCUCCCAAAAUUAGACCAUUUAAUCUAAUAAUUUUAAUAUACAUAUGGUUUAUGCCAUGGGAAAACAAAAAGUGAUGGAGGUGAAUCCUGAAGUUAGAUGUUCUGUGCAUCUGUUUAUACCAAAACAACAACCCAUAGACAAAGCGUUGAACACUUGUUUUCUUUCUGAAGGCAAUAUUAGGACGAUGGUGAUAAUAGGGUGCUAUGCACUAGAAUCACCCAACUGACCCUAUUUUCAGAUCACAAUUUUUUGACAAUAAGGUCGCAGGAACUAGAACAACAACAAAAAUAUUCUAUGUUCGUUAUCUUCUCAUGGUCUUGCAUCGCUUUUACGUUUCAGCCAUAAGUGCUAUAGGUCCCGAAGCACUAAUUUAAAAUUGCCAUCCAGAAGCUUCAAAUAAUCAGGGCGCUCAAGUUAUAUUUUUAAAUACUGGUGUAAUGGCUAGUAAACUAUGCUGGAUAGUUGGACACAACUUUUUUUUAUAAUUCCCUUUAAUUCAGUCCUCAAAGACCUGGUAAUUACAAAAAUAAUUUUUCAUGUUUUUCACAUUAAAGUAAAAUAUGCCACUGUUUAAACCAAGUUUCAAAGCAAACCGAAAAGUUCCAAAACGACGAGCAGAUGCAGGAUCAACAAAUCCAUCUCAACUUACGGAUAAAGCUGCACUUGAUCCCAACUUAGACUUUUCAAACACACCUUUGAAAUUAAAGUUAGGCGGGCAAAAUAUGGUAUUUCAAAAUGGAGCAUGGGUUCCUCAAGAUGACAUGCGCGGUAGUCCAUCAUCUCUUCACACAAAUGAUGAAAAUAAUUCACUAAAAGAGAAAUUGAUAAUAGCAGAAGAAGAAAAUAACAUGUUAAAGUAUAAAAUCGAGUUAUUGCUUGAUAUGCUUGCUGUUAGUCAAUCUGAUAUCCAUUGUAUGGAACAAGAAAUAUCGCAAUUAAAGAAAUUAGCUGGUCCUUGAAACGUCAUUAGCCUUUGGUGCUUUUCACGUGCAGCAAUCGAAUCGCUAUUAUUGCCAUAAGGGCACAGGCCAAGAACAGUGCGUCAGAAAGACUUCUAUGAGAAAGUAUCAUAGUGAUUCGGUAAUAUUUAUAGUUUUAUUUCACUUUUAAAGGUUCUGGUAUUUUAUGUAAAAUAUUAUUUGUAUAUAUAUUUUUAUUAAAAAAAAAAUUAUUAUUUUA